GUGUGUGAGUGUGCGUGUGGGUGAGUGUGCAGGGGUCGGAACCCCAGGCAGGGCAGGGGUCCCGCUGAGUGUGUGCGUGUGUGUGAGUGUGAGUGUGUGAGGGGUCCCGCCGCGGGUGGGGAGGGAGACUCGCAGUGGAAAGAGAGUUUGGCUGUCUUUCCCGAGUCCCAAAGGGAGAGGCGGGAUGGACGGGCCCCUACCUCCCCGGGAGUCCGCCAAGUUCAUUGCUGAGAACAGCCGAGACGUGUCCAUCGACGGCGGAGGCGUGCGGAGGGUGGCCGAGCUGCGCUUGAACCCCAGGGCGGCCGACGAGGCCGCGGUCAACUGGGUGUUCGUGGCAGACACACUCAACUUCUCCUUCUGGUCGGAGCAUGAGGAGCACAAAUGUCUGGUGGGCUACCGGGGCAAGACGUACAGUGGGUACUGGUCCCUGUGCGCCGCCAUCAACAGAGCCCUGGACGAAGGGAUACCAAUAACUAGUGCUUCGUACUAUGCCACAGUGUCCCUGGAUCAGGUUCGGCAUAUACUCCGUUCUGACACGGAUGUGCCCAUGCCUUUGAUCGAAGAGAGGCAUCGGAUUCUCAAUGAAACCGGGAAAAUCUUGCUUGAGAAAUUUGAAGGCUCCUUUCUUAACUGUGUCCGAAAAAGUGAAAAAAGUGCACAGAAGUUAAUGCAUCUGGUAGUUGAAAACUUUCCCUCUUACAGAGAUGUGACUGAGUUUGAGGGGAAAAGAAUUUCUUUUUACAAACGGGCCCAAAUCCUUGUGGCAGAUACGUGGAGUGUGUUAGAGGGAGAAGGAGACGGCUGCUUUAAGGACAUCUCCAGUAUUACCAUGUUUGCUGACUAUAGAUUACCUCAAGUUCUUGUUCACCUGGGAGCCCUGAAAUACUCUGAAGAACUACUGGAGAAGCUUCUCAAAGGAGAAAUGCUCUCGUAUGGGAGUAGGCAAGAAGUAGAAAUCAGAGGGUGCUCACUUUGGUGUGUUGAGCUGAUCCGGGAUUGUCUUCUGGAGCUUAUUGAAAAAAAGGGUGAAAAAACGAGUGAAGAGAUCAAUUCCAUUCUUCUGGAUUAUUACUUAUGGGACUAUGCCCGUGAUCACAGGGAUGAUAUGAAAGGGAUUCCAUUUCAUCGAACACGUUGCAUAUAUUAUUGACCCAAAGUGUAAAUUGAC